AUGGGUCUGCGCUUUGUCUCGGCCGACACCCCGCGGCGGCCCUUCGAUUUUGUGGUCAUCCUGGUGGACUGGACCAACCUGGCAUCCUUCAACCAAGCCCGCCUGGCCCUGUCCGGCGUGUCGUCCAACCUGGCCCACCUGUCGCACCACCGUAACCCGGAGGCCUUUGAUGGUGCCGCCUUCCAGCUGGGCGGCCUCCACCCGGAAACCCUGUCAUCGGGUCGUGCCUGUGUUGUCUGCACACAUGUGGACAAGCGCUCCAAGUCUGCCCUCUCGGCGGCCGACCUGUCGUCCCUGACCGAGCGUUUCCUGGUGCCGGUCCUCUCGGCCAACCUGACGUCACCCCACUCGUCGAUCAGCACCGCCCUGCGGAUAUCCCGCAUGGCGGCCCAGGCAUCUUCCGCCGCGCCUCUCCCCCAGCCGGCCGGCAUGACGGCCUCCUCGGCCGGGAGCCUCGGCGCCAGUGGCGCGGCUCCCUACACUCGCGGUGGCUCCCUCGGCCUGACCCUCGAGCAUGUCCUCAUCCCGCGGACCAUCCACCAGCAGCCGGUGGCCAUGGCCGCGCCGCCUCGCCAGGCGGAAAACCCCGCCCAGCCCCCGCCGGCCGGCCCCGAGAGCCAAGCCCGACGCUAG